AUGACCCCUGUUCGAGAUGCGAGGCUGCGAGGUAAAGAAUCUCUCUGGGACUGCACUUAUCUCAAGACUCACGGAAAGAGCGGGCCCAAAGGCCCACGUCGAACCACCGAAGCUGCCAUUAGGAGGCUGCAAGAACGCAGCAAGUGCAGCCGUGCGAACUCUAGAAGCAAUAGCGAAACUAGCUACGAUACCGGAAGUCCGGUCCCUGCAGACUUGCCCUACCUGGAUCCCAUUCCUCUUCUAAGCGACCAUGAUGCCGAAUCCCGGGCCUGGCCGGAUAUCAAGAGCCCACCAGUCUCCGUUUCUCACCACCAGGAACCCCAGAGAAUUUCCACAGCAUGCUUGUCGCAAUACCUGGAGCAUUACCAGAAGCGUGGAUAUGGCAUAUGGCCAGUCGUCGACACCGAUGCGCUCACCGGACGACUCCUGACGCAUCCCAAUGAUUUCGAGGCCUACGCAUUGGCAAAUGCCAUUUGUGCGGCUAUUGUGAGCCAGUUUUCCAUCGGUAUCGAGCCCGGCAGCCCAGUUGAAGGCCACUAUCGCAUUCCGAGUGCCGUUUUCGAAUUUGAAGCCAAGAAAGCGAGGAACGAAUCUGACCAUUUGGAGAACGUCACCAUCUACUCUUUACUUGGAAGCUUUUUUCUGCAUGUUUACUCCGCAAAUGUCGGACGUAUGAAUGCCUCCACCGUCUUGUUGGGAGAAGCAAUCUUCAAAGCACACAUCUUGGGUUUGCACAAGACCACGCACUACCAAACCUUGGCCGCUGAGCAGACACAAUAUGCUUUACGCGUUUACUGGCUUCUGUUCAUCACUGAGAGAGCACAUUCCUUGCAGCAUGAUGUGCCGACAACACUGAAACGAACUCCGGAUCUUCCGCGACUCGAGGAUUUACAAGAUGGAUCCGUUACACCUGCAUUCGUCCAGCUCUGCCGUCUUUUCAACAUCUUGGAUGUCACCAUCACCGCCGAACCUGCAAGUGCGCGCCAGGCGCUCGCACUAGCCCAGCAGCAACUUAGCUGCGAUGAAGACCCCCGGAGCCUGGAGAAUGAAAUACAGCGCGCGGACAUUACUAUGACGCAGCAAUGGAUGCGUAUUUUCCUUUGGCAACAUGCGCUCAACGUGACGAAUUUGAGUAGCCGGGCCAGUCAGGAUGAGGAGUUUUCGUUUCGCUUUCCGGCCAAGGUGGCGCAGAACGUGCUCUCGAAUCUGAGCAGUCUCUCACGGCAGAGUGUUGAAGCGCAUGGACCUGGCAUGGAAUCGAAGAUAUUUGACGUGGCCAACUCGCUCGCCGACGUCAUGAUGAUAAUGCCGUCCCUGAACCACGAAUCGCGCUUCGACGUCGGCCCUAGAGACCUCAUCCAUUCGCUCGCGCAAGUGCUUGGUAAUUUCCGCGGAGGAAACCCCUCUGUCAUCAACAUAUUGCAAGGAAAAUUGACUACGCUUGGGUUUGCCGCCGGAUCACCACAGAAAUUGAUUGAUCUUUCAUCGCCAGAGGAGGAGUAUGAGGAAUGGCACGGUCGAACCAUGUCUGCGCCAUCAACGUACCCGUCUGGCCCACGAGAGACGCCCAUAUCGCCAUCUCUCCAGUCAAGCAUGAGCAUGGACGGGUCGCUGAUGCAUCAACCGCACGGGUUCCAAUGA